CAAAUAUGCACUUUGAAUGGGCAUCGGGCAUUUCGAUCAAUGAGGCAAAACAAGAAGCGUCUCGAAAAGCAUGGAAGGAGUUAGAACGGAACAAACUUUUCGGCUGUGGAUCAAGGUUUUCGACGUGCAUGAUAAGCGGGUCACUGACGUUCCAUGAUAAAAUGGCAAAGCUUUGUCAUGAGAAGUUUGACAGUUUAAUAGCCGACAUAUCCGUAAACCUUGACGGCCCUGUAGUGAUAGCAGGCAUUGUCAUGGAAUCUACAAUUACCAGGACUUUUGAAAUCAUCAGCCUAGCUUCUGGGAACCGCUCUAUCAGAAAAGGAAACCUGAGAACAGACGGACAAGCGCUGAUGGAUUCGCACGCUGAGAUCUUAGCGUCACGAGGAAUGAGAAGGUUUCUUUAUGACCAAUUAUCAAAACUCAGUAGAGGGGAAAAGUCUUAUGUCCUCCAACGACAUGAGGCGGGGAAGGUAGAAGUAGUUCCAGAUAUCAAGUUUCACCUGUACAUAUCAACCGCGCCAUGUGGUGAUGGGGCAGUUUUUACCUGCAGUACAGGCCAAUCAGAAGAAGAGCCGGACAGUUUGUAUGUAAAAAAGCAUAAUCCGUCAUUUGUCGGUAAGAAACAAGGGCGACUGAGGACGAAAGGUGAACAGAUUCCGACCAAUAAGAUGCACGUGAGUCACCAUUGCCAGGCCAUGGAUGCAGUGAGAGGCAGAGAGGGACUGCUCGUCAUGUCCUGCAGUGACAAGAUUUGCAAGUGGAACAUGUUGGGAAUGCAGGGGGCACUACUGGCCAGUCUAAUGAAGCCUGUAUACUUCAGCUCCAUUACAAUAGGAACUUUCUACAAUCACGGACACAUGGCGCGAGCGAUGUGCUGCAGACUAGAGAAUGACAACGUAACAUUUCGAGAUGGUUACAAAGUCAAUCAUCCCUUGCUUGGUGUUGUAUCUCGCAAGGAUCACCCUAGACAAAGCAUCAAGAUAUGUACUCCUUAUAGUAUCAACUGGAACAUCUCGGAUAUUAUACCAGAAAUGACGAACGGCAACACAGGUCUAACACACAGCGGUGGAUAUAGUGGAACAAAGACAAAAUCAAGAUUAUGUAAACUACAGCUUCUUCAACACUACAAAAAGGUCUGUAAAUAUUUCCAAUUACUGCACAUGGUCAAAGGCAAUUAUUGGGAAACUAAAAAAGCAUCUACAAGAUAUCAGAGCAGCAAGGAAGAUACCUAUGGAAUUCUUCAUCGCAAGGGGUAUGGGACCUGGAUAGGAAUGCCGAAAGAAUGCCAGGAAUUCUCCACGACUACUUUUCCUUUUUAA